UUUGUUCAGGUUCGGGUUCUUUUUGUUCCAUUCCGCUUUCAGUGUCUCGUAGAGCCCCGCUGUCUCCCGCAACGCCAUGGUGAUUCUGCAAAUUACAAUACGACACCGGCCACCGUAAUACGGCAAACGUCUGUCGUAAAACGGCAGCGUAACCAGGAAGUGUUUCCCCUUGGAGACGGGUCGAGAUGGCGGCAUUCGGAACAGACCGCUGGCAGAGCGGCUUACCAAAUCAUGACAUUUUCAAGAAAAUACGCGAAAAGCUAGAUUCGGAGCCCAAAACAAAUGAAAGAGCGGUUGCGAAAAACCUAACAUUUAGUUUAGGCGGGGACUUUUUCGUGUGGGACGACGUGGACCGCGUGUUUUACACGACGAGCUUGCGACAGUUAAACACGACGGAGGAUCACAGCGGCGGCUACCAGACGUUCCUGUGCAUCAACCCGCCUCGCUUCCCUGUGUGCCAGCUGCUGCUGAGCCCCCUGCAGAACCACGUAGCCCUGGUGGGCCAGCGAGGCGUCUCGGUGCUGGAGCUCCCUCAGCGGUGGGGCAAGAGGUCAGAGUUCGAGGGCGGACGUAGCUGCGUCAACUGCAAGACCACCCCGCUGGCCGAGCGCUUCUUCACCAGCUCACCGUCUGUGAGUCUGCGGCAGGCGGCCUGGUACCCGAGCGAGACCGAGGAGCCGCUGCUGGUCCUGCUCACAUCAGACAACACAAUUCGCUUUUACAACUUAACGUCCCCCCACUCUCCUGUCAAAGUGGUGCCUGUGUCCCAGUGUGAUGACGACUGCAGUGUGCGCCCCCCUGCCCGCUCCUACGCAGCAUCCCUUGGUGAAAUAGCGGUGGGCUUUGACUUUGGCCCAGUCUCUGUUGCCAAAGAGAGGCCUUACCACCCUCUGUACAUCCUCUAUGAGAAUGGGGAGACUUACCUGUGCUACACCAGCCAGAUGAAUGGCGUGAGCGUGAGCAAGCGUGUGGGCCCCCUCCCAAUGUACCCCGCAGCGGAGGACAACUACGGCUACGAUGCCUGCGCCAUCCUCUGCCUGCCAUGCGUGCCCAGCAUCCUCGUCAUCGCCACGGAGACGGGCACACUGUAUCACUGCGUUGUGCUGGAGGAAGAGGACGAGACGCCAAAGUGGGCACCGGGCGGGGGUGCCGUGCCGGCCCUCUACGUGUUCGAGUGCGUAGAGCUGGAGCUCACCCUCAAGGUGGCCACGGCGGAGGACGACGAGCCCCAGGAGUUGGACUUCACCUGUCCCAUCAGGCUGCACCGGGACCCCCUGUGUAAGCAGCGCUACCACUGCACCCACGAGGCAGGGGUGCACAGCGUGGGCCUCGUCUGGGUGAGCAAGCUGCAGACGUUUCUUCACGCCGGCGAUGAGGACAAGGACAGUCUGCCGGAGUUGGCUGCGGAGAGGCGUUGCAUCGUGGAGCACAUCGUGUGCACGCGGCCCCUCCCCUCUACCCAGUCUGCUCCCAUUCAAGGCUUCUUGAUCUUGUCGGACUUGACCCUGGGGGCCACCAUGAUCUGCAUCACCAGCACCUACGAGUGCAUCCUCCUGCCCCUGCUCAGCGCCAUACGCCCGCCCUCGCCUCCCCUGCUGUGCACGCAGUCCGGCCCACGCUCAGUUAGCUCGCCGCUGCGGGGGGUGGCAGGGAACUCCUUCGAGCAGCACAUCCGCAACAUCCUGGCCCGGAGCUCCACCAACCCCCUCCUGCUCAAAGCCGGAGAUAAGGAGGUGUCGCCCUCGCCUCAGGAGUGCCUGCAGCUGCUGAGCCGGGCCACGCAGGUGUUCCACGAGGAGUACGUCUUGAAGCAAGACAUCGCUCGUGACGAGCUGCAGAAGCGCGUCAAGCUGCUGCGAGACCAGAAGAACAAGCAGCUGGAGGAGAUGGCGCUAUACCGCCAGGAGAGGAAGAGCCUACGGGAGGCGGCCGAGAGGCUGGCGGACAAGUACGAGGACGCCAAAUACCGUCAGGAGGCCACCAUGGAGCGCGUGAAGAAACUCCUGGGCAGCACGCAGAGCGGACUGCCUGUCCUAUCCAACAGCGAGAAGGACAUGAGGAAGGAGCUGCAGGCCAUGGGCGACCAGCUCAAGCACCUGGACAUCUGCAUCAAGCAGGUGAAGAUGAAGAUGGAGUACCAGAAGACGCAGGUGGACAAGGACGUGCCCACCGCCAGGACCACCAUCUCGCUCAGCGCCCAGCAAAAGAAGGUGGUCCAGGACGUCCUGCGUGAGCAGGGACAGCAGAUUGUGUCCAUGAUGAAGAUGGUCAAGGAGAUGUCCUGCCUCAUCGCCAUGAGGAGCUCCGACUUGUACUUGAGUCAGAAAUGAAACUUUAUACUUCCUGUCAUAUCCGAAACACGAAAAAUUAUUUUUGUUUGCAUCUUCAA